UCUAUUCUCUCUAUCCUUUCAUGCUAUUACUAUUCAGAAGUGUUUUGUUUCUGACUACCAUCUUCCCCAAUUUGCCCUCCAUUCUAUCAUCCCAUCUUCUUAUCUCUUUCCCAUUCUACUUUCCCAUACCAUAAGAUAGUUUUGUGUAUCCAAUCAAGUAUGUAUGGGAUUUCCUCUUUGAGCUAAUACUGAUGACAGAAGGGUUAAUUUACUUUCCCUUUCCACAUCUCCUGUUUCCCUCCAUUGUACAAGCUUUUUCUUGCCUCUUUUAUGUGAUAAAAUUUACCCAUUCUAACUCUCCCUUUCCUUUUCCCCCAGUACAUUCAUUUUUCUUCACCAUAAACUUUAUUUUUAUUUUUAAAUAUUUUCCCUUCAUAUUCAAUUCACAUCAGUGUCCCCUGUCUAUAUAUAUUCCUUCUAAUUGUCCUAAUAAUGAGAAAGGUUUUAUGAGCUACAAGUGUCAUCCUCUCAUGUAGUAACAUAAAUAGUUUAACUUUAUUAAGAGUCUUAGCAUUUUCUUUUCCUGUUUUAUCUUUUAUGAUUCUUUUGAGACUUGUAUUUUCAAAUUUUCUAUUCAGUUCUGAUUUUCUCACCAAUAAUACUUGAAAGUUCUCUAUUUCAGUAAAUGACCAUAUUUUUCUCUGAAUAUUAUACUCAGUUUUUCUGGAUAGAUGAUUCUUGGUUAGCUUCUUUGCCCUUAGGAAUAUCAUAUUCCAAGCCAUCUAAUCCUUUAGCUGCUAAAUAUUGUGCUAUACUGAUUAGGGUUCCACAAUGCUUAAUUGUUUCUUUCUGUUUGCUUGAAAUAUUUUGUCUUUGAUCUGGAAACUCUGGAAUUUGGCUAAAACAUUCCUGGGAGUUUUCAUUUUGGAAUCUUAUUCAGGAAAUAAUCAGUGGACUAUUUCCAUUUCUAUUUUACCCUCUGAUUCUAGACUAUCAGGAAAGAUUUUCUGGAUUUUUUUUUGAUAAAUGAUGUCAAGGCUCUUUUUUGAUCAUGGCUUUGAGAUAGUUCUAUAUUUUUAAAAAUUGAUUCUCCUGAAUCUUUUUUCAGGUAAGUUUUUUUUUCCCCCAAAGAGACAUUUAACAAUGAUUUCUAUGUUGUCAUAUGGGUUUUCAGUUAUUUAUUUAUUUCUUAUAAAGUUAUGUGAGUUUUCUUCUCCUCAUUGUCUUUUAUCAUUUGUCCUAGUCUGUUUUGUAAGGUGUUAUUUUCUUCAGUAUUACUGUGUCUUCUUUACCAAUCUAUUGGCUUUUUUUCAUUAUUUUCUUGCAUCAUUCUUAUUUCUCUUCCCCAUCUUCCUUCUUCCUCUCUUCACUUUUGAAUUUUUUUUCAUGAAUUGAAACUAAUUCAUAAUGUCCUUAGAGACUUGAGAAAUUAGAACUUUGACUUUGUUUUCUUCUUUUGAGUGUGUGUUUUGAUCUUGUCACCAUAACAAUUUUCUAAGGUCAGAAUUUUUUUCUGUUAUUGGCUAAUUUUUCAAUUUUUUUUUUUACUUUUUUCUUUCUAAAGUGGGGUUCUGCUUCUAAAGAUGAGAGUGUACUGUCCAAAGCUUCAGGAGUUUUGUUCAGAUGUUUCCAGGAAUAAACCUAGGAACCUAUAAGUUUGCAUUUCUUCUAAUGAGAUAUGAUCUAAGGUCAGAUAUAUUUACUACUCUCCUGACUUAUUCUCUGUUCUUUGAGUGACCACAAGUCCACCCUGAAAGUGUGAUUUUGACCCAGAAUUGAUUAUGGGCAGAACAACAGAGUUAUGUCUCUAAGGCAAGCAACCAAAACCUUGUAAUUUCCUUCUGGUUAGUUGUUCAACCACCACCAAUUAGUGGAUUCUGGAAUUCUGCAACUGCUGCUUUUUCAGUGGUCACCAAGGCUUGCUCCUGUUUUGUUGGGUCUGGGGCUAUACUGGCACUAUCUGCAUUGGGUUGUAUUCUACUCUCACCCAGAUGGGACAGAGCUUUCAAGCAGAACUAUUAAAUUGUGUUUGCCUAUGGAAUUAUUUCACUCUGUCCUUUUCUUGGUUCUGUUGCUCCAGGAAUUUUUAAAAAAAAUUAUUUCAAAGUUUUUGGAGGGGAUCAGGGAGUGCUCAAGCAAAUUGCUGCCUUUUCCCAACUAUCUUGGUUCACUACCUCCUUCUAGUUGUUUUAGAAUCAAGUACGUUUUCCUUAUAUGUGGAGAUAAAGGAAGAAGUCUGUUAUUAUUUUUUCUGUGUCCAGUUUAAAUUCUCUCUCUGUCUCUCUGUUUCUCUGUCUCUGUCUCUAUUUCUCUUUCUCAUUCUAUUAUAUUUACUAAUGGAAGUAUCAUUUGAGAAAAAAAUGGUAGAGAAGGUGGUGUUAAUGAAAGUAUGAGAACAGAAAUUACUCAAAUAAAUACUCUGUGUUAUUUACCUCGUGGCUGUAGUGGGAAACUUAAUUUUGCUGUAUCUCAUCAUCACGGAGCGCAGCCUCCAUGAGCCCACGUUCUUCUUCCUCUCUUUGCUGGCUUCCACUGACCUGGUGCUGUCCACAGCUGGUGUUCCCAAAAUCCUCAGCAUCUUCUGGCUUGGAGCCAGAGAAGUAGGAGUAUACAGUAAAUAUUUCUUGCAUAAUUUGACACUUCUUUGGGUUAGAAUUUGAGAGAAAAUUGGAAUAAUUGAACUUAAGAACAAUCCAUAUGCUCCUAAUAAGUGGUUAUCAUGUUUAUUUCCAAGGCUUCUGGGAUAUCCUAAAGGACAUCACGAUGGUCACAUUUAACUUGACUGGCUUCAACCCAGACAUAUUCAUCCUGGUGGGGAUCCCAGGGCUGGAGCAGUUCCACAUCUGGAUUGGCAUUCCUUUCUGUGUUAUUUACCUCGUGGCUGUAGUGGGAAACUUAAUUUUGCUGUAUCUCAUCAUCAUGGAGCGCAGCCUCCAUGAGCCCAUGUUCUUCUUCCUCUCUCUACUGGCUUCCACUGACCUGGUGCUGUCCACAGCUGGUGUUCCCAAAACCCUCAGCAUCUUCUGGCUUGGAGCCAGAGAAAUCACCUUCACCGGCUGUCUCACCCAGAUGUUCUUUCUUCACUACAGCUUUGUUUUAGACUCAGCCAUUCUGCUGGCCAUGGCAUUUGAUCGCUAUGUGGCCAUCUGCUCUCCACUGAGGUAUACUACCAUCCUGACUCAUCAAGCCAUCAUCAAGAUCAUACUGGGUAUCUGCUUUCGCAGCUUCUGCAUCAUUCUCCCAGAUGUUUUCUUGCUGAAACGCCUACCCUUCUGCCAGACACGCAUCAUUCCCCACACUUAUUGCGAACAUAUUGGUGUGGCCCGCCUCUCCUGUGCUGACAUCUCUAUCAACAUCUGGUAUGGCUUUGCUGUGCCCAUUAUGACUGUAAUUUCAGAUGUAGUAUUGAUUGCCAUCUCUUACAUGCUUAUUCUUCUAGCUGUUUUCCGCCUCCCAUCUCGGGAUGCCCGUCAGAAGGCACUGGGUACUUGUGGCUCCCAUGUCUGUGUCAUCCUGAUGUUCUAUACACCAGCCUUCUUCUCCAUCCUUGCCCACCGAUUUGGACAUAAUGUUUCUCGAACUUUCCACAUCAUGUUUGCCAACCUCUACAUAGUUAUUCCACCAGCACUCAAUCCCAUUGUCUAUGGAGUUAAGACAAAACAAAUAAGGGAGAAGGUGAUAGUCUUGUUCUCUCCAAAGACAACCCAGUGA